ACACCAAUGCAUCUGUGAACUGUAUUUGUGAAUGAGUCUGAGUAUCUUCUCUAUGAGAUUACAGUGAGUGUGACUGUGAUUGUGAUUGUGGUUGCAUCUGAGCCAUUGAAGGACGAUUCCAAUGUUGCCUUACGCCACCGUGGGAGAGGCGGAGGCCGCCCUCGGUAGAUCUCUGACGGCGGCGGAGGUGAUGUGGUUCGAUUACUCCGCCACCAAGUCGGAUUACUUUCUCUACUGCCACAACAUCAUUUUCCUCUUCCUCAUUUUCUCGCUCUUCCCCUUCUACUACCUCUUUCUUGAGUUCUUCUUCCGCAAGUCUGUCGGGCGUUACAAAAUCCAGCCCAAGGUCACCCUGUCCUUUUCCGAUACUAUUCGAUGCUACAAAUCCGUCAUGCGCAUGUUCUUCCUCGUCGUCGGACCCCUUCAGCUCGUUUCUUAUCCGUCUGUUAAGAUGAUAAGGAUAAGAACAAGCCUGCCAUUGCCCUCACUGUGGGAAAUAGUCUUGCAAUUGGCGGUCUAUUUCAUUGUGGAGGACUACACAAACUAUUGGAUUCAUAGGUUUCUUCACUGCGAGUGGGGCUAUGAGAAAAUUCACAAGGUGCAUCAUGAGUACACCGCGCCAAUUGGGUUUGCAGCGCCAUAUGCUCACUGGGCUGAGAUCUUGAUCCUGGGGAUUCCAUCUUUUCUCGGACCCGCUAUAGCACCGGGACAUAUGAUUACAUUCUGGUUGUGGAUUGCUUUGAGGCAGAUUGAGGCCAUUGAGACUCACAGUGGGUAUGACCUUCCUUGGUCUCUGACAAAGUAUGUUCCUUUCUAUGGUGGUCCGGAUUACCAUGAUUAUCAUCAUUAUGUUGGUAAACAAAGCCAGAGUAAUUUUGCAUCAGUUUUCACCUACUGCGACUACAUUUAUGGCACUGAUAAGGGAUAUCGUUAUCAGAAGAAAGUUCUUCGGCAGUUUCAAGAAGGGCUAAAGGCCAACAUCGAGCAGAACGGGGACUCGCCAGGCCUAACUGCACGGGAUAAUAAGCUCGACUGAUUUCAUAACAACCAGAAUUGUCUCUGGAUGAUUCCCCCUCGCUCCAAUCCUUUCUCUUUCCAACAACAGACAAAUCUUGGGAUCCAACUCCAUACUAUAUCCCCAUCAUCAACCAUUUGAGGUACAAAAGCUUGCCUUUGUUGUGGUGCAUGUGACUGAAGGGUUAUUUUCGAAAUCUCGAUCUUAUACUAAGCUGCAGUCUUGAGGAAGACUUCAAAUGGAAUGGUAUGAUUUUCAUGUGUUGCAUUGUGCUGUUUUCGAAAUUAAGAAUGAGUUUGAUCAGUAAUCAGUUUAGUUUGGUUUUGGCCCAUCACUGUGUAAUCAUCAAUCACAUCACAUUUGUCAUUUGUGUGCAUAUUCCAUGACUUUUGAACACAAUCUUCAUCCGCAGACAUAUUUACAUUCUUGCAGCAGCAAUCCAUUGAAUGAUGAGUGAGUGAAACUUAAGUCUGAAUUUUUGGUAUGUAUGUUAUAUAUAUAUAUAUA